GCAUAGUCAGUUCAGAUUCAGUGCAGAGCAAGACGGAAGGAAAAACACUGAGGCAGAUGCAUAGCAAGAUAGCAUGUGUACAGAUCAGAAAAUUGUAGAGUCGGUCUGGUGAACAUGCGUGACCCAUGCCGUGUAUGUGGCGUGUGUGUGCAGGGCGGUCAGUGUCGCUGGUUGUUCAGCGCAUGUGGCCGUCUGAGGUUGGCGGUCAUCCUUUCGCACGUGUUGGGCUUGGAGUUGCAACGAGACGGCCGCAGUGAGUUUCUCUGCGGAAAAUGCGUGUUUUUACUCGAGCACAUUGUGCAAUGCGACGUCGCCAUUGGACAGCUGCAGGAAACGCAUGCUGCUCAGCUGCAACGGAUGCAGUGCGAGAGAGAUGGACUGAAAGCGCAAAUCACAAACAAAUACAGACAACAUAACCAACACAAAAUAGGUGGAAACGUACCUCUUAAACAGGAAGUUCAGACUGGAGCAAGCUUAAAUACUCCAAAACAACUGCAAUACAUUCGGCGACCUCCACCGGUUCAACCAAAGCAGCAACAAACACGGAUUUCCAGCAUUCAAGACACACUAGGAAGAAGUCAAGGGCUUGUUUCUGUGAAUUCUGGUGGUGACGGCCAACAGGAGAAGUUUAAAGGUCGAUUGAGGAGGUGUGUGAGUCUUGAGCCGCUUAGUAAAACAGAUUGUUCUCAACGUUCAAAAUUACAUUCUUCUUCUCGUCAAACUUCAAAAACCACUGGUGUGCCGGUAACCCGACCUCGAUCUCUUAGUCGGGACUAUUUGGACGUCGUAAAUAAGAAGAGCGCUUUGAUUUCACGGUCAACUUCCCUCCAAUCAGUGGCCCUGGAUCACUAUGACCACGCCCUCAUCAGUGCAUCACCCCUCAGACAGACACGACCAUUGAGAGGCUCCACCCCCACAACUGUAGAAACGCCCUCGCUGGUGUGUGAUAUACUGCAGCUCUUGAAGAGUGUGCAAGGAGUGCGGCCUGUCCCACGAUGCAACAGAAGCAAGAUUCCAGUAUUAAAAAAUCCAAGUUAUAUACAUGGAAACGCCCACAGUGGUGUAUCUUGGAAAUUUAAGCUGGAGAGAAGUCUGAGAGAGAUGGAGGAGGAUUUUAAUGAUGAAUACACACCUGUUAAACAGGAGGUGUUUGUUGAAAGGCAGAAUGAACUGAGCAGAUUGGAGCAGAAAACCAGACAGCUGACUGAAGAACUGAACACAGCCAAGAGCAGCAACCAGACCCUCAAACACACACUAGAAGAAACCGAGAGAGAAAAGAAGACUCUUUCUGAUGAACUGCAGGAGAGAGAGAUCGAACUGGCUGCAGGGAAGAAGAACUCUCUGAAACGAGACAAAACCAUCCAGGGCCUCAGCCUGGUUCUCAAAGAGAAGGAGAAAGAGAUUGAGGAUCUUUCUGGUGAUCUUGAGGAGAAAGAUCAGGCUCUGGCUAAGGCUCGAGAGGCCCUUCAUAAAGCCAAACUACAGAAAUAUCAGGGGGCUGAAGACCAGCAGUCUUUACUCCUGGAACAGCAGGCCGAAUUGUCGCGGCUCCAGGCGGAGGCUCACUCCUCGCUGCUGGAAGCCCAGAGGCUGCAGCGUGUGCUUGGCAGCAGAGAUUCAGAACUGUCCCUUCUUCAGCAGGCCAAACUAGAACUGGAACAAGAGCUGGAGCAACUACAGCAACAGAAGAAGAAGGGAGACAAGACCGUUAAUGAUCUUCAGAACCAGUUGAAGAAGCUAAAUGGCGCUCUUGCUGACAGAGAGAACGCUCUAGAACAACAGCGUCUAGAACAGCAAGAACAAAACCGCGCUGCUGAACAAAAACUCCAGAACGCCAUAGAACGACUCACAGCUAGCCUGAAUCAUAAGGACCAGCAGCUGCAGGACUAUAUGAACAUGGUUAAAGAUCUGGAGAGGAACAGAACUCCAGAGGAAGGUGAUCCCAUGGUGGGUAAACUGAGAGCACGACUGAAGGAGAAAGAGAAAGCACUUGAGAAAGCCAUGGAUGAGAAGUUUGCAGCCGUGGAGGAGAAAGAAAAUGAGAUCCAUUUGCUGCAGCUGAGGUUGAGAGAGAAAGAAAGAGACGUGGAGCAUCUCAACAACCUGCUCUCACACAACGAGGAGACUAUCAAUAGUUUUGAUGCUCUAAUAAAGGAAAGAGAUCUCGAGCUGCAGCAGCUGUUGAACUCGCUGAAGAAUCUUCAGAGGUGUAAAGACGAGACUGAGCAGAACCUUCAGAGGGCUCUGAGAGAGAAAGACGCCAUUAUACAGCACUUACAGCAAGCACUGGACAACAAAACAAGAGAUAUGGAGGAGAUGGCCAAUAGGGUUCUGAACCAGUCAGAGUCUCAGGGUCGUGACCUCGCAGAGCAGAUGAGUCAGAGGUUAAAGGUCACAGAGGUGAUGCUGUCAGAGGCAGUGAAGGACAGAGAGAGGCUAGUGACCGAGAACCAAACCGCUGUAGAAAAUCUGCUGGCCACAAUCAGCAGCAAAGACCAGCUUCUGAAGGAGAGUGCGGAGCAUCACGUACAGACUCUGAAUAAACAUGCAGGAGAAUUGCAGGAUCUUCGUAAGGAGUUGGCAGACACACAGCUGCAGCUCAGAAAUGCACAGAGACUGAAUGCUACAGCAACACAGGACGGUCACCUAGAGAUCGCUGAACUUCGUGCAAUGUUGGCGGAAAAGGAUGCCCUCAUUAAUAAGCUGCUAGACCGUGGACAGGAGAAAGAUCGCAUCCUGUUGGAAAUGAAGAUGAGUGAAGCUCUUCCUCCUCAGGUGCUGGAGCUCAGACAGACCAUUGAGGUGCUGCAGGAGAAACUUGAGGAGAGAGAAGCUGAACUAAGCAGGCGAAACAGUGAGGAAACUCUGGAAAUAACGACAGUCAGUAAGACAUCAAUGGUAGUUUUGAAGAAAGAGCUCACACAGAAAACAGACGCUCUGAAUGCCGCUCUGAAGAGAGAGAACCAGCUCAAGAUGUCUCGAGCAGAGCUUCAGUCAGUGGUCUCAGAACUAGAGAUGCGAUUAGAGGGACAGACGACCAAUAUCGAGUCCCUUACAUCAACACUCAACACUAAAGAAGAAAUCAUUACUGAGCUGCACCAGUGUUUGUCUCAAAGAGGGGACAGUCGACUUCCUCUGACCCGGGAUCAAGCGUUCCAGCCGGGUGAAAAUGAAUGCAGCAUUUCCUCUCUCCCUCAGAGAGAAAGGACCAUCAUUGGAGGAGAUCGCCAACAACAGGAUGUUGCAUCUCUGUCUGAUCUGCUGACUGAGCAGACGGAGUUAAACCGAGCUCUGAGAGCUGAGCAACAUCUCUACUCUGACCUCAUCAGAGCCGUCAAAGAGCGCGACAGUGUUGAGAGGCUGCAGGCACUGCAGCUGGAGCUCACAGCUGUAUCACUCCUCAGACAGCAGCUGGAAAGUGGAGUCCAGAUGAACACAGAGCUGAGAGAUCAGCUACAGAAAGAGAUCCAGAGAGCCAAACAGAGAGAAGGUUCAAACCCUUCAGAGUUGGAGAGUAUGCGUGAUGCACUAGAGGAAGCCCAACGCUGGAACGCCUCUCUGCAAGCCAGACUGGGACAAAUCCAGAACCGGGGAGGAGGGGUUGGACAUGCCAACGAUUCUAUUGACACACUGAGUUUGAUUGGCGAUCAGACAUCCUAUAUGAGUAUAUGUGUUGGCGAAGGACCAGAGGAGGAGCUCCAGCACUUGACCAUUGAACAGCUCAGAAUAAAGGUUUUCGAGCUUCAGGCAGUCAAUGCCGAACUGCAGAAUACGCUGCUUCUGAUGGAGAAAGACAUUGUGGGUAAAGAUCUAGUAGACUCUCAGAAAGAACCAGACCUAAUCAAGCUCUCAACUCCAAUCAAGCAAUCACCGAUACAGCAGAAACCCACUUCUGAAGAUAAUGUGACACCAAUGCCUCCAAACACGAAGGAGAGAUGUGAGAAGGGAGAUCGCUCUCCAGAGAAUGCUGGUGAGAGUAAUCAACCAUCACAGACUCAAAGACAGCAAAGGGAUGGAUCAGAAAAAGCAGAACUCCGAUCCCUUCUCUCAGAUUGUGGAGCGGAGUCAGUCUCUCAACUCCGGGAGCAAGUGGCCAAACUCCGCUUGGAUGCAUCUGAACUCCGUGGACUUUUGAAGAAAGAAAACGCCACUGAGUCCAAAGAAAGUGCAGAGAGUUCUGGAGAAAGUGACAGCCAUGGAGACUUGCACCAGACUGUGAAGGUGCUCCGCUCAGAAGCCAGAAGUCACCGAAAGAUAAUUCGACUGCUAAAAGAGCAGCUGCAGCGGAACUCUGUCUCAGAUGCUAGAAGUCAGCUUGACCUUAAGAUGAUGGGCAGCAAUAUGGAACAACUGCAGACAAACCAUGAAGAUCUGCAGAGACACACCAGCACAUUGGAGAAAGAGAACAAACCAAGAGAAAGGAAAGAAAUGGAGGAGCGAUAUGAGAGAAGGCGGCAGGGUCAAAGCACCAAAUCCAGCAAGAAUCAGAUGCAGCACAUGGCCAGACAUGCAACAUAUGUAAAGUCUCGGCUACCAGUACCUGUGAGGCACAGUAAGAGUUCUGGGCAGAGUUCAGAAGAUCUGAGUGAGCUGAAUUUAGGCCACGUUCACCCCAGAAACAAAGACUACCUGACUGGGGCUGAAGAGUCUGAUUACAGCACGGACCGCAAGAUGUCUUCGAGACCAGCUCAGCACGGACACCUCGAAUUAGACCAUGUUAAAGAUGCUAGGCUGAGUCCAACUGCUGGAACAAAACGAGACACUAACAUGAAUGAAAAUCUGGAAUCCGAGCUAAUGGUGCAAUUAGAGUUGUUGAAUCAAGAAUGCCAAGAGAAGGAGGAGCUAAUCUCCCGCCUGAGGGAACAGGUCCUGGAAUGGGACGAGUUACAGGCAGAGCUACAGGAGAAGGACAAGCUCAACCGAGAGUACCUGGAAGCCUUACAAGCGGCAGAGUCUACUAUUGCGUACCUCACCGCAUGCAGCUUGGACUCGGAGUGUGGAAUCGGUCAAACAGGAGAUGUAACCUUGCAGCAACGUUGUGCAGAUCUUCAGAAGGCUGUUGAGGAGAAAGACCGACUCAACGCUCAGCUCUUAGACUGCUUGAACUCUGCGGAAUCCGCCAUUGCAUUGCUCCGAAAUGUAAACACUGCAAGCAGCCAAAUGGAUCUUGGACAAGAAGACCCAAAAGCACUUUGUGAGAGGUUUGAGGACUUAAUUGGACAGAUCAGAAUUUCUCAGCAAAGCGAUGGCAGGUCAAAAGACUCUCACAUCCCAGAGGUUGGUCCAACACUAGGACCUGAUUCUGAGUUACAGCGGCAGGCAGAUUCACUGCAGGAGUCGCUGUUGCAGCAGUGCAAAAUGAAUGCAGAGCUGCAGGAGAAGCUCUGGACUUCAGAAGCAGCUGUUAAAAAGUUAAGUGCAGCUGUCAGCGCCAAGCGCAACAGCGCACCCACUGGUCUGGAGGGGAAUUACACUCCUGGACCAGAAGGAAAGGUCCUGUCAUUGCAACAGUUGACGGACUGUCUGUCUGAGUGCAUAAGAGCUGCUGAAGGUGCGGUCAAGUCUCUCGCAGACAUUUGCUCCAAACCAAACCAGUCUCAUGAGGAGAUCUUGUCCAGUCCAGAGUUAAAGAAAUGGCUAGACAGGCUGCAGCGUGCUCUGCUGGAGAGAGAGUCUCUGGAGGACCCAGUCUGCACUGAGAGGCACCAACAAAAGACAAGCACGCCCAUUCAGAACACUGAGAGUUCUAAACCAGAACGGCAACAGAACGUUCAGGAGCCUGUGACCUCACACCAGAAUCUUCAUAAGAACUUCUUGAUGCUUCUUCAGAUUUAUACUGAGCGUGCUCAGAAAAUGAGCAAACUUGAGGAAGUUGUUAGUGGGCGUGGCCAAAGUGGAGGAGGUGGAGAUGCACCUGGAAAUGAAACUCUGGAGAAGAACGCUCGGAUCGAAAGUUUGCAGAUGGCCCUGAAGGAGAGGCAAAGGGCAUGUCGGAAAUUAGAGGAGAAACUGGCGAUCGCUCAGUCUGUCAUCGCUGUGCAUGGCUCAAAUAAGGAGAAACAGUCUGAUCCGCGCAAAGCACCCCCUAGUGAACGGGAUUAUAAAGGGGUGCAAGUGGAGGCGCACGACCUCGGGUAUGAAACGAGUGGAAGGAGUGAGACGGAGGUGGAGGGCAGUAGCACAGAUAUGGAUGGUGUUUUGCGGUUGGUUCCCACUCUGUCUCCUGUCCUCACGGGCAAUCAGGACCGAUUUUCACCUGACACUACCGCAUCCAGCCCCUCGUACCACAGCUCUCCUGGCCUGAGCUCCCCUCGACCCUCCGACCCUCACACCGACCCCACCCUGCACAUCCAGCAGCUCAGGUCACAGAUCGAAGGACAAAACAAAGUAAUCCAGAACCUCCAGAGGCAGCUGCAUAAGAAGUCUUUGUCGACUGAGCUCCUGAGUGUGACCUCUGAACCCACAGCAGGUGAAGAGGAGGAGGAAACAAAGAUGAUGAUGGCUCAAAUCGCCCAGCUGAGCACUGAGCUAGAAAGAGAGAGAACCCUGAACAGAAGCAGCCAAGCAGGCUCUCCCUCCAGGAUUGAGUCUCUGGUCCAGUCUCAGGCCCGGGAGUUGUGUGAGCUGCGGGAACAGAUCCGUGUGUCUCGUGGUUUGGGUGUGGAACAGCGUAAACAGCUGCUGGAGCUCAGAAGAGCUCUAGAGGAGUUACUUCAGCCUAAUAACAUGCACUCUGCUCAGGGAACCCAGCUCAGAGAGCAUCUGGAUCACAGCCUGAGCCUGCUGGAGAAACUGGAGCAGGUUUCUACAGGAGGGUCUGGUAUGGAUAAUGAAGAAGAAGCGGAGUCCGAGAUGAAGCUCAGACUCUCUGCAGAACUACAGGAGAAAGACCGGCUCAUUCAUUCUCUGCAACAUCAACUGCGAAUGCAAGUUCCCAGAAUGCACCAGCACUCCGACUCCGAGAUGAGUGACAGGCUGUCCAAUGAUGGCACCACCUCCUUCCACGACAGCCCUCCUGCUGUCCGCAGGCAGACCCCCAACAGACCUCACACAGGUAACACUCACCUCAUCAGGUGUAAGUUGGUUUCUAAAUGUGUCUGAUUGUAUCU